AUGUCAGCUUGUUUACCAAUAAUAUUAGGUGUAUUUACUCUUAUUUAUACAAUUCAACAAAAUCAAAUAGCAAAAGAUAAUCGAUUACAAGAUGAAAGACAAGCGAAUGAAAUUCGUCAACAAAAUAUUUAUGAUAAAUAUCUUGAAGAUAUAACGAAAUAUAAAUCAGAUGGAAAUAUUAAUUUAGAGAUCAUUCGUUUAAAAACAUUAAAUGCAUUUUCACAAUUAGAUAUUCAAAGAAAACGUUCAAUUAUUUUAUUUCUUUAUGAUAUUGGAUUUAUUCAUAGAAAUACAACAGAAAAAGAACGUCUUCGUUUGGAUGGUGCUGAUUUAACUGGAGUAAAAUUUAUCCGUUCAUCAACAUUUCAUUGUCAAUUAGAUAAUAUUUAUUUAUCGGGCAUUUUAGCUUCAAAUAUUAUUUUUAGUCACUGUAGAAUGUGGUAUGCAAAUUUUGAUCAAGCAUUAUUAAUUAAUGCUCAAUUUAUUAAUUGUUCAAUGUCAUAUUCAUCAUUUGUUUCAGCUGAUAUAAGUCAAGCAAAAUUUAUUGGAGAAGCAAAUAAUGCUGAAAGAAUUGAUUUUUCAAAUUCAAAACUAAUUGAAAUGUAUAUGUCAUUACCAAUGCGUAAUGCUAAUUUAACAAAUACAGAUACAUUCAAUAGUCAAAUCAUAUUUAGUUAUAACGCUAGUCGAGUUAAUUAUUUUCUUAAUACUCGAUUACCAAAUGGAACAUUUAGUAUUAUUGGUACAUCACAAUUAAUACAAGAUGGAAGUGCUGAAACUGAAUAUCAAAAAUAUUGGUUACAACGUUCAGGAUAUAAUGCAGUUGAACAAUCGAAUGAGAGUGAACAAAUUCCAGACGCUAUUGAUGGAAAAUCAUAUUUCAAAUUAUUUUUUAAUAGUCGAGCUUUUCAAGAUAUUAAUGUUCGACAUUGUUCUCUUUUUAUUGAUAGUGAUAAUGCUUGGUUUAAUCUUUCAGCAUAUUUAGCUUGUCCUUUUUCUCAACAUCGAAAAGAUAUAACUAAUAUUUAUCUUAGAUUCUAUGAUGAAAAUCUAAUUGGAAUUAAAACAGAAAUACUUGAAUCGAAUUAUAAUCAAACAAGUUUUAAAUAUCAAUACUUAACUGAACGUAUUCUACCUCAUACUCGACAAAUAAGUGUAUUUAUUGGUACAAUUAUGAAUAAUUCAACUCUAUUCACUAAUAUUAAUAAUAAUUCUAACUAUACAAAACCUUAUUGUCUUAUUGAUGAUAUGAAAUUCAAUAUUUUUAAAAAUAUUUUAUAG